UGAAGUACACCGCUGCUGAGAUGGGAACAGUUAACAAGCUUGGAAAGAAGGGCUCAAGGCUGAGGGCUCAAGGACAGGUGCAGGACUUUUUUAAAAUUCGUGAUCAAUGCCUGGAGGAAGGUACACUCUUCGAGGACCCCAAAUUUCCGGCUGAGGACUCAUCAAUAUAUUUCAGCAAGACUGCUCCCCGACGAAUUAAAUGGAAGAGACCCAUGGAAAUUGUAGAUAAUCCAGAGCUGUUCGUGAAGGGUGCCAGUAGGUUCGAUGUGCAACAAGGAGAGCUUGGAGACUGCUGGCUGCUGGCAGCUGUUGCGAACCUCACACUUAACAAGGCUUUGUUCUCACAGGUAGUUCCUGAUGAUCAGAGUUUUGAGGACAAGUAUGCUGGCAUAUUUCACUUCAGGUUCUGGCAAUAUGGACGCUGGGUGGAUGUUGUGAUAGAUGAUCGCCUGCCCACUUACCGUGGGCGGCUGGUGUUCCUCCACUCAUCAGAGCACAAUGAGUUCUGGAGUGCUCUCCUUGAGAAAGCAUAUGCAAAGCUACAUGGAUCAUAUGAGGCACUGAGAGGGGGCACAACAUGCGAAGCAAUGGUGGAUUUCACAGGGGGAGUGACAGAGAAUUAUGAGUUGAGCCAAGCACCUCGAAACAUGUACAGGAUCAUGUUGAAGGCAUAUGAGCGCUCAUCACUGAUGGGCUGUUCAAUUGAGCCUGAUCCAAAUGUUGUGGAAGCGCAGACACCAGAGGGCCUCAUCAAGGGACAUGCCUACAGUGUAACAAAGGUGAAAUAUGUUGACAUCAAGACACAACACAGAUCACGGAAAAUCCCUCUCAUCAGAAUACGUAACCCAUGGGGUAAUGAGGCUGAGUGGAAUGGACCAUGGAGUGACAAGUCCCCCGAGUGGAGAGUAAUUCCAGAUAAGGAGAAGGAAGAGAUUGGCCUCACAUUUGAUGAGGAUGGUGAGUUCUGGAUGUCAUACAAGGAUUUUCAGAAACAUUUCUCACGACUUGAGAUAUGCAACCUGAAUCCAGAUUCACUGACUGAGGAGGAACUGCUCAGAUCACACAAGAGAAAGUGGGAGAUGAGCAUGUUUGAGUGUGAAUGGGUCCGAGGCGUCACUGCUGGAGGCUGCAGGAACUACCUUGAAACAUUUUGGCACAACCCACAGUAUCGCAUCACACUGGAGGAUCCUGAUGAAGAGGAUGAUGAUGACAAAUGCACUGUCAUUGUAGCGCUGAUGCAAAAGAUUCACAGGUCACAGCGCAAGAUGGGCACUGAGUUACUUACCAUUGGGUUUGCAAUGUACCAUCUGAAAGAUCCAGACAAUCUGCCAAAGCCACUGGACCUCAAUUUCUUCAAGUACAAUGCGUCUGUUGAACGGUCACCCUUUACCAAUCAACGUGAGGUUAGCUGCCGGUUCAAAUUGCCACCUGGAGUGUAUUGCAUUGUUCCUUCCACAUUUGAGCCGAAAGAAGAGGGGGAAUUCAUUCUACGUGUCUUCUCUGAACACAAGAACAAUAUGGAAUGUCUUCCGUGAGAAAGAUACUGACAACAUCAACACAGCAACUACCACCAGGUGGUGGUCAGUAUCACCUAAACAGUAUCCACCAUUGCAUUCAGUUCACAAUGGAGACUGAAACUGAGGGCUACCUCCCCUUCCUGGAUAUAGAUAUUUACAGGAGACCUG